AUGUCUCGUUUCAUUGUCGCACUGGCAAUGUUGAUCCUAGGAGUGGUGGCUGGCCCACUGCUCUGUAUGGAGCAAUUGGUUCUCUCCAGCCCGUCCUAUCGCCCUCGUGAUUGUACGGUCAUACUCCCAACCGUGGACCCGAAGAACCCCGAUUUCGUGGAAUGCAUCAUGUCCUGUCUUGUCAACAAGCCAGGCGAGAUCAUCAUCGUGACUGUGGGAGAGGCCCUAACCUCUCUCACGCGUCAGAUUGUGGCUCCCUUCAUGGAGCGCUUCCCGUCGACUGUGAUCACCGUCACGGCCACCAACGUCGCUAACAAGCGCGUUCAGGUCGCGCACGGUCUCCCUCUUGUGCGAACCCCAAUCACGGUGCUGCUAGAUGACCAUGUCUUCUGGCCCUCCGCUCGGUUCCUGCCCACUGUCCUCGCCCCGUUCGAAAACCCCGGCGUCGGCGUGGUGGGCACGAACAAGCGGGUGCGUCGUACUGACCGGGGCGUCAACAUGCGAUCCUUUUGGAACAUGAUUGGUGCUCUGUACUUGGAACGUCACAACUUUGAGAUCCGCGCAACCAACGCGAUCGAUGGAGGUGUCUUUGUCGUGUCCGGCCGGACGUCUGUGCUUCGCACGGUCAUCCUGCAGGACCCUGAUUUCAUCGCCGGGUUCACGAACGAACGGUUCUUCUUUGGUCUCUUUGGACCCUUAAACGCGGACGAUGAUAACUUCAUCACCCGCUGGAUGGUCCGCCACGGCUGGGAGGUCAAGAUUCAAUACUGCAAGGACGCGCUGAUCGAGACGACCCUUGGGACGUACCCGAAGUUCCUGUCACAGUGUCUGCGCUGGGUGCGCACGACCUGGCGCAGCAACUCGGCUAGCCUCUUCACGGACGGUACCGUUUGGACUCGCCAGCCCUGGUGCGUGUACGCUGUUUACUUGACCUCGUUUGUCAACUUCGCCCUCUUCUAUGAUGGCGCCCUAGUGUACACGCUUGCAACCAGCCGGCUGGCAAGCAUCAAGACAGUCGCUGGCCUGGUUCUCUGGAUCUUUUCUUCGAAGAUGGUCAAGCUCACCCCGUACUUUCUACGUGAGCCCCAGGAUCUGGUCAUGCUCCCUGGCUACUUUGUCUUCGCCUACUUCCAUAGUCUGGUGAAGCUCUAUGCCGGGCUGACCUUCUGGGUGACUACGUGGGGCGGUCGUAAUCUCGCUGCCAUCAACAAGUAA